AUGGACCGCGCCGCCUGUCACGUUAUUUACGUCAAUCGCAAUGUCAGCGAAAAUGGAUUGAUUCACAGCGCUUCUGGCGACAGCACAUCCGAUUGGGCAACGGAUGAGGCUCGUCACGUCGUACAACCUCUGCUAGAUGCCUUCGGCGACGUUCAUGUUUGCGCAUCUGGAGGUGCCUGCUUAGCAAAAUUAUUCGAAUUACAAGAGGGUUCAAUGCUGGACCUGAAGCCAACCCUGGUUCUCCUUGAUACGCCAAACGAUGACCCAGUACCCGAAGCGCGGAGAAGGGCGUCGUCACCUUCACCUUCAUGCAGCUCUUCCAACGAAAAUGUCGACAUUCACACACCCGACGAAGCACUAUACGGUCUGGGACUGCUGCAAAAAAUCAUCACCGAAGCGCAUUUGCGCGGUAUGUCUAAACUCGUUGUACCGAUUCCGGUGAUAAGCAAUUCCGAGGCAGGUCACCCCACAGCCAACGGACAGAUGACCGACGGCACAGCUGAGCAGAAGCCUUUGCCAUUGGGAUCGCUUGACAAAAAUCGUCAGCUCAUUAGGAGGUGCCUAGAUCUGGGGGCGGUCGACGUCAUAAUUUGUCCAAUGAGCACCAAAUGUAUUACAAGUCUGGAAAUCUGCGCCUAUCGGGCUCACAGAGAUGCCGCCAAGGAACAGUCAACCUUGCUGGAAAUUAGACAAGGUCGAAAACGGUCGUGGGUGGGAGUCAACGAAGAGAAGCCCUUCGCAUACCUUCGUGAAGCCAUGGUAUCCGGUCUGAUGAAAGGAAUAUGCCGUUUAGGCACCAGUGACGACCAAAUCAACAAUGCUCAUGUGGCCGUCUCUUCGGAACGACAAUCUGCCAUUGCUGAGGCAAUAGGAAGUUGGCGCUUCUGCGCUCACUCAUUCACCGAUGAUGAGUUGUUGGUGGCCGCAAUGGACAUGUUUCGACAUGCCUUGUCUAUGCCAGAACUUGAGCGAUGGCGGAUACAUGCAGAUCAACUAAUCAGCUUCCUUGUUGCUUGCCGUGCUGCAUACAAUAGCUUUGUGCCUUACCACAAUUUCCGUCAUGUUGUGGAUGUACUACAAGCUACCUUCAAUUUCCUGGUACAUAUCGGUGCUCUGUCGCCGUAUCCUUCGGGUACCGAGUCCCGUCCCAUGCCAGAGAAGUCGCCUAUGGCUUCUCUCAUAACUCCGUUUGAAGCGUUGACGCUCCUCAUCACUGCUAUUGGGCAUGACGUCGGACACCCUGGCGUGAACAACGGUUUCCUUGUGACACUAAAUGCUCCCCUAGCACAGUUGUACAACGAUCGAUCUGUUUUGGAAUCGUUCCAUUGCGCUGCUUACUCGCAGAUUCUUCGACGAUACUGGCCCUCCGCCUUCGAAGAUACAAAGAUGCGUAACCUGAUGAUUAGCUCUAUCUUGGCUACGGAUAUGGGCUUGCAUUUCGACUAUAUGAAGAAGCUCGGAGAUGUUCAAGAACGACUUCAAGCUAACAAUAGCGCCGACGGUUGGAAUGGUCGGCAAAUUGAAGAGAACAAGUCUCUUGCUUGUUCGUUACUCAUCAAAUGUGCUGAUAUUAGCAACGUGGCACGAAACCAUGAAAUAGCUUUGAAGUGGACUUACAUUCUCUCAGAAGAGUUCUCCCGACAAGCCUCGAUGGAGAGUGAGCUGAGCAUCCCUUCAUCACUUAUGACACCGCCCAAGCAAGACAUGACUUCACUGGCUAAAGGCCAACUCGGCUUUAUGAAUCUUUUUGCCACCCCUCUAUUCCAAGGCGUCGCCGACAUCAUGCCCGCUAUGCAGUACACCGUCGACGAGCUUGAGAUGAAUAAGAGUCUCUUCGAGCUUAAGCUUCAACAAGAGAAAGAAAAGCAACCCCUAGAUGACCCAAUCAGGAGACGUCUCCUGAAGGAAGGUACAUUUUCCCCAAGGACCAUGAGUUUUGCUGUGCCACAAGAGGAGGAGAAAGAGGAGAAGAGAGAUAUGACACCUCUGUUCGAGGCACUGGAUCGUGGAUCGGACACGACCCCUGUAGGGAACGGCGAACUACCCAUGCCACGCCCAGAAAGGGAUGACUUAUCGCCGGCCGACAGUCAGAGGACAAUGGGACCAUCAGCCACAAACGGUGUAGCUGGUGACCACAGGGGAUCGAACGGAUCAGCUUCAACAUUUGAUGCGGUUAGAGAACUGGCGAACAGUGAUCCGUUUCAGACGCAAACGAGAAGGGAUUCAGCGAAGCAACGAUCCAGCGAGACGACAGAUGGGAGUGUUUCUGGGGCUUGCUCGGGAGACUGGGCUUCACAAGCGACAAGCGCUACAACGGGCAAGAUGCCGAUGUCACCAAGCACACGUGGUACGAGUAUCGUGAGCGGAGAUUCGACUGAACAUGCCGUUGGAAUUCCUAAGAUCAACGUCGACUCUGCAAGUUUGAAAGACAGCUCAGGAACCCUUCACCAGGAUGGCUCACCUAUCGAUGACGAAACAAGGUCCGAUGCGAGCACGACAGGUGGAAGCAUCGGCAGGGCUGAGGGCAAGUCGCUACGAAAGAAGACAAGCAAGUUCAGGAUAAAGGAUCUUCCCUUUUUCAGAAGACACAAAGGCACGAAUUCUCCGUCUACUGCAGACAUGACUGGAUGA